CGCUGGCCAUGUGGACCAAAGAGAUUCUCAAAAAAUGCUGAAAAUAUUUCAUUUAUCUAUUUAGGAAAAAUAGGAUAAUUUAAAACGAAAUUUUUACCAAAAAAAUAGUAUAGUAUGGAUUCCUACCAAUUAAAAUGGCCCAAGAUUAUAUUAUUUGGCGAUUCCUUAACACAGCAUUCAUUUGAACCAGAAAAUGGACUAUGGGGUGCCCUUCUAGCUGAUCGUUUACAAAGAACUUGUGAUGUUAUUCCUCGUGGAUUUUCAGGAUAUAAUACCCGAAUGUGCAAAAUUUUACUCCCUCGAAUAUUUAAUAAAGAAAAUAUUCAGGGGGUAAUUUUAUUUGUUAUAUGUCUUGGUGCUAAUGAUUGUUGUGGAGCAGAAUCUCCUACUCAGCAACAUGUACCCUUAGAUGAAUAUGUUCAAAAUCUAUAUCAAAUGAUUGAAUAUUUAAAGUCAAUAGGUCUGUCUAAACAUCAGAUUCUCCUUAUUACACCACCGCCAUAUCAUCAUGAAACAUAUCAAGAAUAUUGUAUGAGUGUAGGUAGUGCAAUACCAGUUCGAUCCAAUGAAAUGGUUGCAAAAUAUGCUGCAGAAUGUUAUUCCUUAGGUGUAUCUUCUGGUCUCGAUGUAGUUCAUUUAUACAGGGAAAUGUCCAAAGAUCAGAAUUGGUCAAGAUUUUUAAUAGAUGGAUUACAUUUUUCACACACCGGUGCAGUUUUUGUGUACACACAGCUCUGGCCUCACGUAGCUCGAAGAACAGAAAAACUAAAAAUGAUUGGCCCACUGUGGACUGAUUUUGAUAAAGAAGAUAAAGAAGACAAACGACUACCAUCCAAACCUGCGCUAUAAAAGAACUAAAAGAAGCAACAGUAUUUAACGUACGUGCGUAAUGUGGAAUUAUGACAAAAUUCAAUUUUAGAGAAGGGGAAUAAUAAUAAAAAAAAAGAUAUAUAAAUGGGACAAAACCAACUUUCUUAACUUUUAUCACAGGAAAUAUU